GCUGUUCAAAAUGUGAAACUCUGCCUGCAUUGUGUGAACCAGCAGGGGAAUCAGACAACCAUCGGUGGUGCAGCGGACGAGGUGGCUUUGUAAUAAGGAUCAUGUGGUGGGCCUGGCCGUUCCUGCCCGCUCUGGUGCUUCUCUCCGAGCUCUCUGUGGUGAGAGUACAGACUGCGCCAUGCCAGACCUGCCGUAAACUCUCAGACAGUUUCAUUAAGGGCUUGGGGAAAACAGCCAACAAGAACUUUGGGGGAGGUAACACUGCCUGGGAGGAAGAAAAGCUCGCCAAGUAUGCACGCAGUGAGACGCGGCUUCUAGAGAUAGUAGAAGCUGCUUGUGAGAAAACAGAUUUUGAAUGUAACCAGCUGCUGGAGCAGAUAGAGGACCAAGUGGAGACAUGGUGGUUCCACAGGCAGCAGGAGGCACCGGACCUGUUUGAGUGGCUGUGCAUAGAGGAGCUGAGACUCUGCUGUCCACCUGGACGCUUUGGACCCGACUGCAAAGAGUGUCCAUCUGGCCCUGGUGGUGUUUGUGGAGGUCUGGGACGCUGCGAGGGGGAGGGGACUCGCCUGGGAGAUGGAGAGUGUGUGUGCGAUCCCGGAUACUCAGGCCACCUGUGCCAGAGUUGUGCUGAUGGCUACUACAGAGAGAAAAGCUCCAAUGACAGCAUUGGAGCCUGUGCAGCUUGCUACCACUCAUGUAAGAAAUGUGCAGGGCCACAGGACUACAAAUGCUUUGACUGCAAACCUGGCUGGAUGCUUCAUGACAACAAGUGCGUGGACAUUGACGAGUGUGGUACAGAGCUGGCUCGCUGUGCGUCUAACACCUACUGUCACAACACAGAUGGAUCAUAUGAAUGCAGAGGCUGUGACCAGGCGUGUGUGGGCUGCAUGGGUAGUGGUCCUGCCCGCUGUAAGAAAUGUUCACGUGGCUACAGAUUAAAAGGAGCCAAGUGUCUCGAUAUUGAUGAAUGUAGUGACCGUGCAAUAGCAUGCCCAGGACUCAAUGAGGCUUGUAUCAAUGAGGAGGGCUCCUUCCACUGUGACUGCGCUGAUGGAUUCAUUAGAAGAGAUAGCAUUUGUGUUGAGAAUAAGCCACCUGCUGGGCCAGAGAAGGGGCUGUUUGAUGACAUAACAGAUGAGGAGGUCCUUGUGCUUCAGCAGAUGUUCUUUGGCGUGGUAAUCUGUGCCCUAGCUACGCUCGCUGCAAAGGGCGACAUGGUUUUCACAGCCAUUUUCAUUGGAGGUGUGGCCGCUAUGGCUGGAUACUGGCUGACAGAAAAAGGAGACUACAUGCUGGAUGGAUUUCUGAAAGGACGCUAGACAGUCUGGGACCACGAUUUGGAACCUUGGAAUACCAGCCGGUUAGGGGCAGGAAACUAUCCCUACAAUGCUUGCCUUUCAGGGAUUUAUUUGGGAUUGGGGAGUUACUUGAAAGGGCUUGGGUUUGUUUAUGUUUAUGAAUAGACAAUGCAGGAAAAACUGAGAACUUGAAGGCCAUGAAGCGUGAAUCUUGAAGGGGAAUAACAAAGCAACACUGCACUGAUGUAAAGGAACUAAACUGAAUCCCCUACCUCGACUCUGUUGGGAACAAGGGUGACGUGAAGACCACUACUGAUUGUUAAAGUUUAUUAUGCAUUUGGAUGUUGCUCAAGAAAUGAUGUCGUUUUCUUCCACACAAUCAAAACCUCCUGUCGCCGUGUCCAUUAUGUUUUUCAUUAUCUCAAUGCUUCUUGUAAUGGGCAUGGGGUUAGAUAAGGGAAUUUCCACAAUCACCCCAAAAAGAGAGCUCAUGGAAACUCUGGGAUAUUUCCAUUAUGAACCACUGAUUAUUUAUGUUCACAGAACGACUUUUUACCUCCUUACUUACUGAAUGAUUCUUUUUAGUAAUAAUGCAUGAAAAUAGAAUUUGAAAUGAAAGGUACAACACUGUAUGUAUUAAUUUAUUGUUAUAUUUUGGCAUGGAAGACUGACUUCAACAGCUGCUGGAUCACCAACAUUACUGCUAUUGACCAUUUAAUGAGUGUGUGAGGGAAUGUGCUUUGGGAAAAUACCAGCUCUAAUCUGGAUGAUUAAAGCCAUUUUCUGUUGCCUUUUAAUUUAUUUUGAAAGCAAUAUUUAUUGGAAAGAUGUUUAUCAUAUUUCACAUUUCCUGUAUAUUUUUGUGUGCAUUUUCAAUGCAAUUUUUAAAUCUGUUCAGUUGUAAUUCUAGCAGAUAUUGUAGCAUCAUGUUAGAAAGCCACUGAAGCAUCACUUCUUACCCGUCCAUCUAAUUUCUUUGGGUUUUCUAUUGUGGGAAGUUGUUCAGUCAUUAUUCAUUAUCGAUGUUCGCUUUACAAUAAAAAGUUUGUCACAUCUCA